AUGACGGAAGCUGUCUCUAUUAAAGACAUGAGAGACAUCAUAGAACAGCUACGAAUGGACCUUGCCACAACACAAAAUGAACUUGAAAACAUUAUUCUAGACAAUAACGACCUCCGUUCACAAGUGACCAAUCUUAUCAAUGAAAAUAACACAUUAAAGGCUUUUCUAUCCAAAACACCGCCAAAGAAAACCACACCGCCCAGGGCAUCCAGUGACAACAAGACAGAGGAAUUCUCUAACAGGAACAUCCUAACCCUCGAGCAGAAUCUUAAAGAUCUCGAGCUGCAACUGAAGUCAUCCAAAAAUGAAAUAGCGGACCUUAAUAAUCAAAUCAUAACCCUUCAAAAGGCAGUCCAAGCUAAAGAAUUCGAAGAAUCCUCGCUAAUUCAGCACACGAUUAAUUUAAACUCAGAAAUUGAUAAAAGUAAGAGGCCCAAAUUGUGUAUCCUAACAGCUCAUCCUGGAGUACGCUGUUAG